GAAAAAAAAACAAAACCGAUUCGAAGUAGUGACAAACAUCGAUUCGAAUCGUCGCCGAUUUUAGUAGAAGCCAAGCGACCCUUCAUUUUCCUAUAAUUCCAAUUCUCUUUUGGGAUCGCUUUGCUACUUCUGAUUCCAUUUUCGCCGGAAAAUCCAAAAUUUGUAUCGCCAAAAACGAAACAAUACCCUUACCGUCCACUUUUCCGAUAUCGUCUAUGUAUUGGUGUCUUGUCACUCCCUUCCGUUUCACUUAGUCGAACUUUAGCCGCGAUAUCUUCAAGAGGAAAGUAUACAUUAGGAGGCUCGUAAUGGAAUAUAAUAAAGAAGAGGGUAAAAGGGCUAGAGAGAUUGCAAUCAAGAGGUUUUUAGCGAAUGAUUUUGCGGGGGCUAGGAAAUUUGCCUUGAAGGCUCAGUUCCUGUCUCCAGAGCUCGAUGGAAUUGCGCAAAUGGUGGCCACAUUUGAUUUACAUUUAUCUGCUCAGAAUAUAAUACAUGGGGAGAUAGACCACUACGGUGUUCUUGGUAUUAACCCCGAAGCUGACGACGAAACAGUGAGGAAACGUUACAGAAAGUUGGCUGUACUGCUUCAUCCUGAUAGGAACAAGUCGAUCGGAGCAGAGGAAGCCUUCAAGUUUCUCUCUCAGGCGUGGGCUGUGUUCUCCGACAAGGCGAAGAGAGCUGACUAUGACCUGAAACGGAACCUGGGAUUGUAUGAAGGAGGAAGAGGAGCUUCAUCAUCAAAGCCUGCAAACAACGGGUCUCAGAAAGUUACUAAAGCGAAGAGUUCAAAGAGAGGUGUGAAGCGAGCAAGUGAUGCCUCUGCUUCUGCGGCUACUGCGUCUACUUCAUCAGCACAUAAACCAACUUCUGAUGGAACCUUUUGGACUGUGUGCCGCACUUGCAGAACACAGUAUGAGUAUCACCGUGUUUACCUAAACCAGAACCUCCUGUGUCCCAACUGUCGUAAGCCGUUUAUAGCUGUGGAAACGGAUCCUCCAGGUUCAGGUUCGAUCCGCAAGACCUUUCACGAGCACCAGUUUGACUCUAUACGUCAGAUGACAGACGGGAGAAAGAAAAGCAGAGACAACAAUGGAGUGUAUGGUGAACAUGAUUCCUUUGAGUGGGGUGGUGUGCACACUGGAAUCAAAAACAUUGGUCACGCUGCACAGACCGGGCCACGGAAAGACGAGGUUGUGCGUAGAGAGUACACCAAAAGAGUUGGUGGUGCUCCAUCGACAAAUCCUCCAAAAAGAAGAAAGGUGUUGGAAAAUGCGGUUGCUGGUUCCAACACUGCAAGCUGUUCUGCUCCCAAGUCCAACAUUGUGAAAGAGUUUUCCCAGGAGGAGCAAAAUAAUUUGUUGAAAAAGAAAGCUAAGCGGGUAAUCAGCAGAAAUGUACAAGAAUUAUCCUCCAUCGUUGCUGAAGCUGACGCAAACGGAAGGCAAAUGGAAAUUGACGAUCUCGAUGUUGCAAAUGAAUCAUGCUGUGUGGACUCUGUUGAAGACACUUCAGCCUUUACAAUUGAUGUUCCUGAACCAGAUUUUGGUGACUUCGACAAGGAUAGAACUGAGAAGUCAUUUGCAGAUAACCAGAUAUGGGCUUCUUACGACUAUUUAGAAGGGAUGCCUCGAGCCUAUUUCAUGAUACAUAAGGUUAUCUCCUUAGAUCCAUUCAAAGUGCGUAUCAUCCGGCUUACUGCAGAAACAAAAAGUGAGCUUAUGUCAGCAAAGUGGCUUGGUUUUGGCGUUGUAAAAACUUGUGGAGAGUUUAGAGUUGCUAAAACCCAAAUCUGCAGGUCACCUAACGUUUUCUCACACAAAGUCAAGAUGAUCAAAGGCAAUCAAGGAGAGUUCCUUAUAUAUCCUAGAAGAGGCGAUGUAUGGGCUCUAUAUCGGAAAUGGUCACCUGAAUGGAACUAUCUUGCAGGAGCCGGCGCAAUCGAGUAUGAUGUAGUCGAAGUUCUUGAAGGAUAUACAGAGGAAUAUGGUGUAUCAGUGGUUCCUUUGGUUAAAGUUGCUGGUUUCAAAUCCGUGUUUCACCAUCAUCUCGAUCCUAAAGAAAUCAGAAGGAUCUCAAAGGAAGAGAUUUCAAGAUUCUCUCAUCAGAUACCGUCAUUCUUGCUUACAGGUCGAGAAGCAUCCGAUGCACCCAGAGGUUGCAGACAGCUCGACCCAGCAGCAACACCGUCACAGCUUCUUCAGGUUAUCCUUUAAGUGUACGAGAUUUUGUGUAAUUUUGGUAAUGUAGUUUGCCUAAAUACAUGAGCCUGAUGUUUAAUUCUAAUGCUAAGUUUUUCAUUGUGUUCUACUACGAAAUAAAA